UCUACAUGGCCGCGCCCAUUGGAGUCAAUCAUGGCGCUUCCUAUUCGGUAUAUCUUUGCUAUCGCAUCAUUGGGAUUGCUGUCCGCUGGCAUAUACGACUACCUAAAGAACUUUGAAGAAAAUGGAUGUGAAAUGACAUGGAUGUUUGAAUAUCCUAAAUAUAUUAAAAUUCAUAUGGACGAUAGAGUAGCACGCAGAUUUCCUCAGUAUGGGCUUCACAUAUAUGGAGAGGGAGAAUAUGCAAGAAAAGUUAGUUCCUUGAAGCUAACUGGCAUUCCUGUUCUCUUCAUUCCUGGAAAUGCUGGUAGUUAUCGCCAAGUGCGAUCCUUGGCGUCAGUGGCACUCAGGAAGGCCGAGUCAUCUCGCACAAAGUUUGAAUUCAACUACUUCUCAGUAAAUCUUAAUGAGGAGCUGGUUGGACUAUUUGGGGGGCUGAUUCAAGAUCAAACAGAGUUUGUCCAUGAGUGCAUCAAGCUGAUCCUGAGUUUCUAUGCUGGAGCACCCAAACCCCCAACGUCUGUCAUCCUGGUGGGACAUUCCAUGGGAGGACUAGUAGCUAGAGCCUUGUUCACCCUGCCUACAUUUGACCCGAGACUGGUGACCACCAUCAUCACACAGGCCACCCCCCACCAGGCCCCAGCUAUUGCCAUUGAUAGUCUGCUGAGCAGUUUCUAUGAUGAGAUCAACACAUACUGGCGUUCCAUGCCAACAGUACGUCUCCGUGACGUCACAGUCGUCAGUACAGGUGGCGGGUACAGAGACAUCCUUGUCAGGAAUGGCCUCACAACUCUCAAAGGGGUUGUGAGUCAGCACAGAGGAGUCAGUACAUCAACAAUGUCGGUGCCCAAAGCCUGGGUUUCAACAGAUCAUCUGUGUGCUGUAUGGUGUAGACAAAUGGUUCUGGUGACUAAGAGAGCCAUGUUUGAUAUCAUCGAUCCUAAUACACACCAGGUGACUACAGAUGCUGACAGAAGGAUGAGAGUGUUCCGACACCACUUCCUGACAAACUCGGGCAGUCAGAAACACCGGGAAAACAUUCCAGGGGAGCUAACUCUUGAUCCAAAGAUUCCUUGGGAAGUCAAACAGAACAAAUUGUUCAGAUUCAGUGCUGAAAAAAUGUCAUCCACCAAGUAUUUCGCUGUUCCUGUGAUUCGGGAGACGGAAGAAUCCGCAGUGGAGAUAGACUCUGUCAUCAUCAUGAGCAACAUUACUAGACAAGAUUGGGUGUGUGCAUGUACCUUGAAGGAGAAACAAGACAGAUGCACGAGCUGCAUCAAUCUUUCAGCCAAAGCCCAGUCUCUGCCUCCCAACUACUCCAAUAAAAAGGUUAUAAGAAUGUACCUAAAGGAACUAGGGGAGGCAACUCAUAUUGUUGUCAUUGCAGCUCACUCAAAGCAGAAGCACGCCCUACAGUUGAGAAGAAGGUUAUCCUUCGCCCUCAUGCCCCAUGGUAUGACGAGGCUGUACGCCACCGGCGUCUACGGCGCAGAGCAGAGAGAAAAUGGCGCAAGCAUAACCGACAGCAUGGGUAAGCCAGCAUCCCUUUAUCGGCUCAUGGGCAAACUGCUUGGAAAGGGACGAGAACAAGAUACUCAGUCUCCAGCAGAGGAACAGAAGGAACUGGCAAACUCGCUCAAUUCCUUCUUUAUCGCAAAAAUUGAGAAAAUUCGCCAUGGUCUUGCCUGUGAUGGCGAUUACAGUGAACCAAUGUUUGCAGUCUGCCUACCGCAGUACUACAGUACAGAGACAGCACUGCUUCAUGUAACUGACAAACUUCAACGUGCCACUGACGAGGACAUAAAGUCAUGGAUGACUACAAACAAGCUCAAGCUGAAUGACACGAAAACCGAAGCACUCCUUGUGGGCACAAGACAACAACUAAGCAAGGUGGAUGCUGUCACCCUCAAAGUUGCAGAUGCGGAUAUCCGGCCCAUCAGAUGUUCUGAGUAUGAAGGGAUUGUGUACACUCUGAAUGUACCCUGGAGUAAUGAAAGCACAUAUGGAUUCAGCAAGUUCCGAGAGACUGGACAAUUCCCAGUGAAGGUGCAGAGCGGCAAGCCGAGGGAUGCUGAGGAUGAGGCAGUUCAUCUGGAGAUGUUCCUCCAUCCAUCCUGCUCAUACCACCUGAAGCUGACCACGUCACCUGUACAUGUCAUGGGGCAGUUUGUGAGAUUUUACGGAGUCCUGUAUCCAUGCUUCUUUGUGUGUGUGCUGCUCCUGGCGCUCAGAGGUCACUUCCUGAAACUGGCAUCAGGUGACAUAUGCUGCCCAGGAGCUGAGGCUGUGUUUCUGUACAGUAAGCCGUUCGCUGUGCUGCCCUUUGUGGUCACCUUCCGAUAUGUUGCCAGCUACAAGAAUGUCGAGAAACUGCUCACAAACCUUGGCCUCCCGAAAGAUGAUAAAGAGGCUCUGGAGUCACGUGACCUGUGGUUCCAGGCCCUGUCAUUCCUACUUUUCAUCUCAGCAUUCCUGAUCUCGCUGAUUCAUGUACGGUUCACGCAGAGCAUCAUUGCUGUUGUCAGCAGGGUGCUUGGGCUAGUCUUCAGAUGGGUUCCUGAGUUUGUCCUGAAUCUCAGUGUGUACGUGGAGGGGUGUGUGUGCGUCCUGGCACUGGUGUCGGCCAUGACAGUGUGUGGAUCUGUUUCAAUCCUUCUCUGCUACUUCCUCAUGGUGACAAAGGUCCUGUGGCUGUGCAACAGGUGGGCCUCCACCAGGGUGAGGGAGGAUGAAUCCAAGUUCAACUUCUUCUUUAUACUGCUGAUGAUAUAUCUCUGGCUGCUAGUUCUAAAUUCACCGUCACUAGUUGUAUGGGCCAAGAAUUUCAGGUAUAAUAUGGCUCUGUCAACUGACCCUAGCAGGAUAGUUGGGGUCAUCACCAGUGUUGUAUCUCUGCUGUAUUUCAUCAAUGAUAAAGUAGAAUUCAACAAAUCCAGCUGUACCAUGGUGUCGUGGCUGUUGUACAUGAUGGUGUUUGCGUCGCUGCUGUAUGCCAUGGACUCCAUCUACCGACUCUCGUACGUCAUCGCCGCCGUGCUCUGCAUCAUUGCUAUUCCCAAACUACAGGCUGUGGCCAGUGCUGCCAUGUUUCCACCGAAGACAAAAGAUGAAUAGUCAGCAUGCUGCCCUAGAUGCCGCCGUCAUGUCUAUAAUCUCAUGUACUUUCACAGGUGUAGGUGUGUUUAGGGUGACUUGAAUGACUGUUGAUCAAAGAAUGUUUGUUACUCAAGAUUUUAUGUCAUCAAAUAAGUGCUAUCAUAUGUGACUUAUUCAUAUGGAUAUGUUACGCAGUUAAGACUUACUUUAAGUGUA